AUGUCGUACAACGUAUACCGCCAAUCGCAGCACUACCCCCCACAGCAAACACCCCUCCACGACAGUUACGAAGGACCGUACAGCCCUGAUGAGGAACACGACGAGCCGUUCGACGUGCGCGCGGAUUUCGACGUCAAAGGUCCCAAAUGGAGCGCAGGAGGAGGGGGAGGAGGAGGAGGAGGGGGGCUGAAGAGUCCAGGGUUGGAAGGGGAGAUAGGGAGGGGGAGUGUGAGGGGGGGUGUUAUGGGUUUGGGGGUGGUUGGUGAUCGAAGUAGCUAUAUGCCUGUGGGGGAUCAUUCGCCGUCGGGGGAGUAUUCUAAGUCGCUCGCGUCGAGGGAAGAGCUCGUAUCCGUGCCCGUCCUUGGCCCCGAGUGGAGAAAGGGCGAGCUGCAUGACAUGUCUCGUCGUGGACAGAAAGAGAUCCAGGGAGAUAAGCGGAAGAGAGCGUGGAGAGCGUGGAAUCGGGAUCAGAGAGGGUUAUGCGGGAUGAGGUGGUUGUCUAGGAAGGUGUUGGUUAUGAUCAUCUUUGUCUUGCUCGCCGCGCUCGGAGUGACUCUCUACUUUCUCAUCCCCCGCGCACCGACCUUUAAAUUCUACGGCGACGACCCCUUCAGCGUCCGCAACGAAACCAUCAACUUUAACCGUUCCCCCACAAACUAUUCAUUCUCUGGCAACCUCAACCUCUGGGGCGACGCUUCCUCCUCCUAUCUCCCGGUGCAUUUCACGCAUCUGGAAGCUACGGUGUAUGACCAUGUGACGAGCAAGAGAAUUGCGACGGGAGAUUGGGGAAACCAUGUGAUGGCGCAUAAAGAGCAGCAGGCGGUGUUGUUGCCUAUCGACUUUUCGUAUAGCGCUGUCAACACUUCGGAUACUACUUGGAACGACAUGUACAAUGCCUGCGCUCAUAUCUGGACGGGCACAACCCGACCCGACCUCAAAUUCCGUCUCGUACUCGAGAUGUCUAUCGUGGGGCUUGUCAAGAAGACCUCGAGGACGCUGGAGAUAUCGGAUGUGACUUGUCCGUUCGAGCUGGCUGCCGAUGGUGUCUAG